AUGCCCUUCACCUCAGUGGGCUUCCAGCCACCGAUGCUGAGCAUGAAGGGGGAUCAGAGUGUGAAUGGACAGGGUGGAUUCACCGGCUCCUACCACACGGCUGUGACUGCCACCUCCAAUGAGAUCAAGAAGUCACCCCUCCAGGGGACCCAGCACCUCAGCAACCAGCAGAGCCAGCCCACCUUUGGCUUCACCGUCAACUGGACAUUUUCAGACUCCAUCACUGUCUUCACGGGCCAGUGCUUUGUGGAUGAGGAUGGGAAGGAGAUUUUGAGGACCAUGUGGCUCCUGCGGUCACGUGUAGACGACAUCAAGGAUGACUGGAAAGCCACCAGAGUUGGCAGAGAGUGGGCAUCAACUUCUCCCCCCGCCUGCACGGAAAGGAGACUGGGUGGCCCAGGUUCCCUGUCUGGAAUAGCAAGCUCUGAGCCCCCUCUGCCCCACUUGAACUCCACCACCACCUUUGUGGGACAGUGCUUCAUGGACUGCUGUGGGAAGGAGACCCUGGAGACCACCUAG